AUGUUCCAUGGGGUGUCGAAAGAUGUGUUUGUAAAGCUUCUUCUUGAUUCCACUUCCAAGUUUUACGCCGAGGAAGCUGAGCAAGUCCUGCAGCGAUCCGACAUCUCCCAGGGAGUUUGCGUGCCGAAGAGAAAAAAAUGCGAGAAGCAUUAUUUCUUCUUUGAAGGGUGCUGGCCACAACUAAUGACCGUUUUAGCGAGCCAACUCCUGGAGGCUCACGCUUGUUUCCUUGAAGAGGGGUUUAAGCUAUUAAUGGAUAAGAGUCUCAUUGAUGACCUUAAAAGAAUGUAUCGUUUAUUCUCUACGGCAGGUUUUGAGGAUUAUAUAGACAACUUUCUUAGAUCCUACAUUAUGGGAAAAGGAGAGGGAGCGAGGCAAGAAGGUUCCUUGCAUGAGUUGCAUACUAGCAUUAAUAAGAUUUGGCAUGGAUGCUUUCAGGAGGAUUAUUUAUUGGAUGAGACCAUCAGAGACUGUUUUAAGGGUUUGGGUCUACAUGUGCCGGACGAGCUUUCGGGUCAAGUGCAGUGGGAAGAAGAGGAGUAA